AUGGCAGAUAAAGAAGAAUUAUCCACAUCUGGUGUUACUGAUAUGAUAUCUGGUAUUAAACUUCCCAAAACAGUACAAAGUAUGAAUGCUUAUCUUGGUGCAGGUGCAAUUACGAAAGCAUUAAACCAAGGUGCUGAUAUAGUUGUUACUGGUAGGUGUGUGGACAGUGCUGUUGUUUUAGGACCACUGCAACAUACUUUUGGUUGGAAAUAUAAUGAUUAUGAUUUGUUAUCUGCUGGUAGUUUAGCUGGUCAUCUUGUAGAGUGUGGUGCUCAAGUUACGGGUGGUAUCUACACAGAUUGGCAUACAGUGCCUGCAUGGGAUAAUAUUGGUUUCCCUAUUGUGGAAUGUUCAGAUGAUGGGACAUUUAUAGUGACUAAACCACCACAGACUGGAGGAUUGGUGUCUUUUGGUACUGUAGCAGAACAAUUAGUUUAUGAAAUUGGUAAUCCUAAACAAUAUAUGCUGCCUGAUGUUACAUGCGACUUCAGUCAAGUUCAGAUUCAACCAGUUCCAGGAAAAGAGAAAGAAGCCAUGUAUGUGAAAGGAGCCAAAGGCUCUCCUCCAAGUAAUCAUUACAAAGUUAGUGCCACUUAUGCUGAUGGUUAUAGGUUGACUGUUGUUUCAACUGUUGCUGGGCCUUGGGCUGCAGAGAAAGCACGCAGAACUGGAGAAGCUAUCUUGAAAAGGACAAGAAGAAUGUUCAAACAGCUUGGAAUUACAGAUUAUACUAAGACACUGAUACAGGUUAUUGGAUCUGAACAGACAUAUGGUCCACAUGCAUAUAUUGACAAUAAUCCACGUGAAGUGGCACUAUGGUUAGCAGCACAUCAUUCUAACAAAAAAGCUUUAGAGAUUCUUGCCAGGGAAGUUGCUCCAGCUGGUACUGGUAUGGCUCCUGGACUGAUGUCAUUAGUUGGUGGAAGACCUAAAGUAUCUCCUGUCCUAAAGUUGUUUUCAUUCCUCCAUCCAAAGGAUAAAAUACAGGAAGCCCGAUGGUGGAGGUACCGAUAUUUACGAUCCCGCCCCGCUGAUCGGAGGGCGUCCUCACAGUCUGUGUUUUCAGGUGGUGGUUUACAUGAUUUCACCGGCUGCAGCGAGGCUGUUCCCUUGGAGGUCUUUCCUCCUAUGGGGCCCAUUGCAGGUCCCCUUGUGGAUCCUUCCUCGUACAGCGCCGGGUUUGCUUAUGAGAUGAGGGCUUUAGUCAAAGGGCUUGUGGGGCAAAUUGCGUUCCUGGCAGGACGGGUAGAUCAGACGCAGUCGGAGCGAGCUGUCUUCACUGCGACCCCUCGGUGGGCAAGCAGGAAGAAACACAGAAGCAUCGCUCGCAUUCAAAACAGGUCUCUUCCGGGAUACUCUCCGUUCCCAGCCGCGACUCUCCCGCUGAUUUGGUUGAAAGGAGACAGUUCGCUCGCGUCGGAUACAGCCGAUACCUCGGGCGGUCCCUCAAAGUCUUCCAUCCGCAACGAGUCGGCCGUUGGUGUGAUGCGGAGUAUCAUCGAUCCUAGUGAUAGGAUGCAACCACUUACCAUUGCUUCAACGCUUAUGGGAUCACAGGCGUCGGGAUCCCAAGGCAACCCUGUCGGCACGUCCCCCGUGUUGAUGGGUGGACAUUGGUCAGCCGCAGAGGAGGUUAAAGUUCAUAUGGAUGAUAAGGAAGAGAUAGUUACAAAUCCGACACCUGUAAAAGAAGAACAAGAAACAGAAUAUGACUCUCCCAUAUCUGAUUCAUCUGUUUUAAAGAGUGGAUCACAUACUUUCAGACUUGUAGAUCUUGCGUAUACAAGAAGUGGUGAUAAGGGAAACUCUUCUAAUAUUGGUGUAAUUGCCAGGCAUCCUUAUUUUAUGCCUUAUCUUAGGCAAGCUUUAACAGAAGAUGUUGUACACAAGUAUUUUCAACAUGUACUUGAACCGAUGGAGAACAAUAGAAAAACCAAACAAGUCACAAGGUAUGAACUGCCUGGAAUCCAUGCUUUGAAUUUUAUUUUAGAAAAUUCACUUGGAGGUGGAGGUAUUGCUUCACUAAGGUGUGACCCUCAGGGUAAAGCAUAUGGACAGAUGUUACUGGAUAUGAAAAUAGAAAAUGUUCCAAAUUUGGUUGAAAUGGCUGAAAUAAUUUCAGAUCAGUAAUUAUUAUGCAAGAAUAUUGAAGUGAAAAACCA